CUCAGUGAUCUGCACGAUGCCGCCGUGAUCGUACGGCGUUGUAUUUUUCCCUGGCGACACGCGCACGCAUCACGUGGCACACGCAUCGCCGUCCGGGUCCCCGGAACGCUUCCUGCCUCCUGCGGCGCAACCACGUCUAAACAUCUCUCUCGCAUCGACGCGUUCCACCGAUUCUCGCGAUCCGGGGGAGAAGCGACGCCCGUCGACGACGUUGGUGCGCGACGACAAAUGCGUCAGUGAUUCUGUCGUCGGAUAUAUGCCCGGAGAAGUCCGAUAUGAGUACAGACGGAAGCACGUUCUACGGGAGAAGAUGACCCCACGUCGUCGCGUCUUGGCAGGAAUUCGCCGUGCUAUCUUUGCUGCCGGUAUCCUGGCGCUCAUCAUCCUGGCACUGUCGGGACAGGAUGGCACCAGCACCUUGCAGCACGGGAAUUCGCUGGAGGACGCGAAUCUGACACCGGAGGAGAAAAUAUUGGAGCAGAUCGCUGCGGCGGAAACCGAGCAACGUCUAAUAAUUAGACGGAAAUUCCUGGCUGAAAAAUGCGCCGAGGAAGGGCUCGACCGUCCUGGCAACGACUCGCUUCACAGACCGAAUGCUUGGGAGUUUCUUGUAAAUAGAGAAUACCACCUUAUAUGGUGCAAUGUAUUUAAAGCAGCAUCCACGUCAUGGAUGUACAACUUUAAUUUACUCGCGGGAUACAGUCCACAAUUUCUCAAGGCCUCCAAGGCAGUGCCAGUCUCGCUGGCCAGACAAAGGUAUCCCAGACACACUGCGGAAGAGCUAGCUGAAUUCCUAAACGACAGCAUCAGUUUUCUGAUAGUACGACAUCCAUUCGAAAGAUUGCUCAGUGCUUACCGGGACAAACUGGAGCACAGUCUGCCGCACACGUUUCAUAGUAAUCUCGGUGCACACAUAGUUUGGCACUACAGAGCAAGGGAUGCGAAAACAAAUACAAGGCAAGGGCCGAGAUAUCCGCUUUUUGAGGAAUUCGUACGGUGGCUAUUAUGCCAGUGGAGAGCAGGGAACGAUCUUGACAUGCAUUGGACACCAGUUGUGAAUUUCUGCACACCCUGCCAAGUGCGAUUCGAUGUAAUAGCUAAAUUCGAGACGCUGCAUGAUGACCAAGAUUAUCUUAUAAAGCAAGCCCACGUGGGACACAUUAUUAAACCCGAGUGGAAAAAUCCAACUAGGGGCGUCCAGACUAAAGACGUAAUAAAAAAUUAUUUUACGCAAUUAUCCAAGACGCAGAUCAUCGAGCUUUAUGAGAUGUUCAGAUAUGACUUCGUACUGUUCGACUAUUCACCCGAAGAGUAUCUAGUCUUUGGAAGAGAUGUAGUCACUACACUAAUAUGUAAGAAAUGAUGUCGACAUUUCGUAUGUGCUUAACACGUGUGUGCCAACACAUGAAAUCUCUACUGCGAAUGAAGCAUGCGACAUACAACGAAAUUGUAGGUAGCAUUUAAAUAAAUUGCAAGGAGAGGAAACUAUGAUACUUGUACAUAGCAAUGGUCAUGCCAUCGAUGCAAUCUUAGGAGUUUAAAAAUAAAACGAUACUUCUUCUUGAUCUCCUGGUUUUGCAAUUAAUAUAUAAAUUGCGUUAUCAUUAUUGAACAUUUUUAUAGUGCAUACGUUAAACUUUAUCAAAUUGUUGUAUAGUACAUUAAAUACAUUGAAGAAUAGAAUAUUAUGGAAACUUAUGAUAAAUCGCAAACAUGUCGAAAAUGUCUGGCAAAUAUGAAAGAUAUAUGUUUCAUUGCUGCUUAUUUUAAUUAUUGCGACAAGUAAAUUUUUAUGACUCUACUGUUGUCGGUUUUAAAAGUUUCAUUAAUAUUAUAUAAUCAUUCAAAAUUUGCAUAUCUUUCGAUUAUAUUUCUUUCUAAUAAAGUAUAACAUAGACUGAGUAAUAUUAUUAGUGAUUUAAAAGAUUGCUAAGGCCUUCAAAUAGAAAUGCAAUAAAAUUGACUUAGGAAAAGUCUAGAUAAAUUAUUAAAAGAAUUCUAGUGAAUGAAUGUGACACAGAAUUGAAAAGAAUUUGUGAUAGUUUCGGUUUUGUGUAAUGCAAUAAAAAUGUCUAUAAUUA